CACUUUCUUAUUUCCCUUCAGCCAUUCGUUUAUUGUGUCUCCUGCAUGCUUAGGAUCAGAAAACAACACAGUUUGUUCUUUAUUUUACUUGAGCACUAAAUUCAAAUUACCAAGCUCAGAAGAAAGAGUGUAAACACGUUUUCUACGUACUACACUACUACUACUAUAACAAAAAAGCAACUGUAGUGAAACAGAAAUGCUAGAUACAAGUUUAUAGUACAAUAGACAUGAUUUUAAUUAUGGCACACAUAGUACAUACCAAAUAGUUGAAGUUGAAGUUACACUACCAGACAGUAGUAACAGACUCUAACAGUAUUAUACCAUAUGGACCUUGGUGGCAAAACUUCAGAUAAACAGUUUAUAUUACUAGUAUUAUUUUUAUCAUAACCGUUACCAUAUAUAUAUAUGCACAUGCAAAAUAGUUGUAUUGUAUUGGACCCCCACAAGAGCCUGUGUAGCAAGCAACCAAGCAAGCAACAAAACAACAGAAAAAGUUCAGUACUAAAAGCAAGAUACAGAAGCUUAUAACAACACCUUUCCAGCUACUCUUUUUUAUUAUUUCUCUUAUCUUAUAUAGAUUCUUUAAUUAAGUUUUUUUUUCUAAAGGACAUGCAAAUGAAACCCUAGUUAGAAUAGAGACAACUGUAUAGUAAUUAAUUCAAUUCCCUUUCUAGUAAUUUUUUUUCAUUAUAUAAAGCUUAACUUCACUCACACCAGUCAUGUUUCAUAUAACUAGAUCUCAUUGUUAAUUAGCUUUAUUACAUACUUUAAGCACUUUUUUUUCUUCCAAGAUGGAGGAAUCUCAAAAUUUGAUAUGGAUGAAAAGGAAACAAGUCUUGAACAACAACAGCUCUUGGGAGGAAAAAGCUUUUGCAGAAGAUGCAGCUAGGAUACUUGGUGGAUGUAUAUGGCCACCAAGAUCUUACUCAUGUCACUUCUGUAAAAGAGAGUUUAGGUCUGCUCAAGCUUUAGGUGGUCACAUGAAUGUUCAUAGAAGAGACAGAGCUAGGCUCAAACAAUCUCUUACCAACCCUAAUGAUUUCACAACAAGUAGAGUUUCAACUACAUCUACACAAGAAAAUUGUUUUCAGAUUCAGCCCAACGUGACGUCGAUUAGAUGGGGGAAUUCGAAUAGCCACAUGGAGUUUCAUGAUUCUGAGUCAAAAGGGCUACUAGUUCAUGCAAGGGAACAAAUUUUCAAAGGCUAUGGUUAUAAUGAUUAUGUUGAAACAAGUUUGUCUAUGGGACAAAAUAAUUCAAUGUUUGGCCAAAAUUUGCAAACUGAUGAUUUAUGUGGGGACAAAGGCAUAAGUUAUAAAAAACCAAAGACAGUAGCUUCUGUUUCUUCUUCACUUCCUGUCUUGCUGAAGCCAUGUUUGAAUGAUAGAUGUUUAACUUUUCAGUCAGCAGUUGGAAUUAAGCCUGGAAUGGAAGACUUGGAUCUUGAACUCAGGCUAGGGAAAUUAACACAGAAAGUUUAGCAGAUAGGACAGAUAUAAAUUGUAAUGGAAUAUUAACUGUCACUGUUUUAAUUUGUCCUUUUUCUCUUCUAUUUUAUUAGCUGGAAAGGUGUUGUUAUAAGCUAGCUUCAUCAUAUUUUCUUAAUUAUUUGUCUAAUCAAAACCUUGAAGAGAAUGAUAAGAUUUCAUUCUUUUCAUGAAAUGUUUAACUUGAAUACUAAUUCUACCUCUAGUUACAUGUGACAGUCUUAUCUUAUUUUAUUUGUUGAAUAUGUAUAUGUGAAUGUGAUCACUUUGAUUUUCCAUUUUAGAGUUUUUUUGCAGUUAUAUAUCUAUCUGCAUAAAUUAUACUAUAUCUCUAGUUACAUGUGACAGUCUUUAGGCUAGGGUUUCAGAAUGAAGGGGUAGGCACAGAAAUGUAUAAAUAAAUAUAUUCCGGUAAACCAAAUUGAUUUUUUUUUAAUAUUAAAAUAUUUCUCUAUUAUUUUUCUGGUUCUCAACUAUGUCUUCAUUGCCAUAUAUUUGAUGCCUUCAGUAAAUUGCAAGUAAAUUUAAUUAGAGAAAAGGGAGGAAAGAGUGUUCGGAAAGAGUGUUCUGUUGGAUUAUAAAUUUGAUUUGAUCCAUUAGAUUAAUAAAUUGUUAGGUUCAUUUGUUGGUAUUAGUGGUAUAGUCUAAAGAAAGAGAGAUAUAGAAGUAGAUUAAUAGAAUAAUAAUAAUAAUAAAU